UGGCUGUGAGGCGCCGGAGCCCGUGUGCGGCGGGUCUCGCUGUGUUCCCGGUCUCUGCUUCCCGCUCCCUUUCCAGGCUCGUGUUCGGUCCCCGGUUCUGUUCCCGGUACCGCUCCCGCCAUGGCCACCGCGCGGGCUCCGGCGGCGCGCGGCGCGGCGCGGCCCCCCGAGCCCCCCAAGGCCAAGGCUGCCGAGGAGGGCGAGGCGCCCCCGGCCAAGCGGGCGCCCAUCUUCUACGGGAGCCUGGAGGAGAAGGAGCGCGAGCGGCUGGCCAAGGGCGAGGCGGGGCUGCUGGCCAAGGAGGGCAUGAAGGCUGCCUUGGAGGCUGGCAACAUCAACAUCAGCUCUGGGGAGGUGUUUGACCUGGAGGACCACAUGAGCGAGCGGCAGGCCGAGGUGCUGGCGGAGUUCGAGCGCCGCAAGCGCGCGCGGCAGAUCAACGUGUCCACGGACGACUCGGAGGUGAAGGCGUGUCUGAGGGCCCUGGGGGAGCCCAUCACACUCUUUGGAGAGGGGCCUGCCGAGCGCAGGGAGAGGUUAAGGAACAUCCUCUCAGUGGUCGGCACAGAUGCAUUGAAAAAGACCAGGAAAGAUGAUGACAGGUCAAAAAAGUCCAAAGAAGAGUAUCAGCAAACCUGGUACCACGAGGGCCCACGCAGUCUGAAAACAGCCAGGCUGUGGCUGGCCAACUACUCACUCCCCAGGGCAGCGAAGCGGCUGGAGGAGGCCAGGCUGCUCAAGGAGAUCCCCGAGGCCACCAGGACAUCCCAGAGGCAGGAGCUGCACAAAUCCCUGAGGUCCUUGAAUAAUUUCUGCAGUCAGAUCGGGGAUGAUCGCCCGCUGUCCUACUGCCACUUCAGCCCCAACUCCAAACUCCUGGCCACAGCCUGCUGGAGUGGGCUGUGCAAGCUCUGGUCUGUGCCUGACUGCAACCUGGUUCACACCUUACGAGGACACAGCACCAACGUGGGGGCAAUCGUGUUCCACCCCAAGGCCACAGUGUCCCUGGACAAGAAGGAUGUGAGCCUGGCCUCCUGUGCAGCUGAUGGCUCUGUCAAACUCUGGAACCUGGAAAGUGAGGAGCCGGUGGCCGACAUCGAGGGACACAGCAUGCGAGUGGCCCGGGUGAUGUGGCACCCGUCCGGGCGCUUCCUGGGCACCACCUGCUACGACCACUCGUGGCGCCUGUGGGACCUGGAGGCGCAGGAGGAGAUCCUGCACCAGGAGGGGCACAGCAAGGGCGUCUAUGACAUCGCCUUCCACACCGACGGCUCCCUGGCGGGCACGGGAGGCCUGGAUGCCUUUGGCCGGGUGUGGGACCUGCGCACGGGCCGCUGUAUCAUGUUCCUGGAAGGGCACCUGAAGGAGAUCUACGGGAUCAACUUCUCCCCGAACGGGUACCACGUGGCCACGGGCAGUGGGGACAACACGUGCAAGGUGUGGGACCUGCGGCAGAGGAAAUGCAUCUACACCAUCCCUGCCCACCAGAACCUGGUCACCGGCGUCAGCCAACCACGGGAAUUUCCUGCUGACGGGCGCCUACGACAACACGGCCAAGAUCUGGACCCACCCUGGCUGGUCCCCACUGAAGACCCUGGCAGGGCACGAGGGGAAGGUGAUGGGGCUGGACAUCUCCCUGGAUGGGCAGCUCAUUGCCACCUGCUCCUACGACAGAACCUUCAAGCUCUGGACAGCCGAGUAGCUCACAGGGACAGGGACGUUAAGGACUUCGGGUUGCUUUUUUAUAUUAAAGAACAAAAUAGGAAUCCAAUGUGUUACAGCAGCUGCAGUCAUGGCUGCUCUGGAGUUUGGGUGUGUUUGAAGCACCAGUGUUGGCUUGGGCUUGGUUGGCAUCAAGUCUUGGGGCAUUUCCCACUUUUUGGACUGUUUUUAUACUGCAGGUACACUUUCUGCUGUAAUUUUGAUCUGUGUAACUCUACCCUCCCUUCUGAGUUCAGCUCCCAGAUGUUCUGCAAACAUUUGCAGUACCCACAGAGCACCUCAGGUUUGGUGUGUACUUCAGCUUCUGUUACUGCCUUUCUCACCUUCCUUUUUGGUAGGAGUGUGACUUCAAACUUUGAUUUGCAUUUAGGGAGAGAGCUCAGAGGGAGAGGCACGUGGUGCCCUCCUUCCCCUGCCUCCACAUGGGUGUCUCUGGAAGGAGAUCUGCAUCCUCCUGGAUUCACUUACAGCAGAUGUCCAAGGCCAGGGAAUCUUUUCCAGGUACCACCUUGUGUUCUACUCCUUGAAUUGUCCCAUGGACUGGGUGUUGCAAAUCCACGUCAGCAUCUCCUGUUCAGGGUUUGCUGUGUGAGGUCACUCAGUGCAGGAUUGCCUUGUUCUGCCCUGGGGAGAGCUUUUGUACUUGUUUGUUUAAAUUGAGGUUUUGCAAAUGUUGCACCCUAGAAAAUCUGAACAGGUUUUGAAGUGUAUCCUGGGCUCUGGG